GCAGUCGCAAAAUAUCCCUAGCACCUUAAGAAACUCUUGAGUUGUCCGUUAGCUUUCUCUUUGGCGGGAUGGAAAAAUUCAUCUGUCCGAUCGAUUGCGGAUGAAAAGAUUUUUACAAACUUCUUUUAUGCUAUCGAGAAAAUGGUAAUAUAAGUUUACGUUUGAUUUAUGGCAGAUUUGUAGGAAGAAUUAGCUCCUUGUAUACAAUAAUUUUGUUCCAGAAGUGUAAGAGUUGAUAAUUGGAUGAUUUCUUAUUCUACGAACAAGAUGCGAGAAUGACUCUGUUUGUAACAUUACUUUGAAGUUAUAAUAAGUUUCUGAAUUGAAAAAGGUACGUCUUUGUUCUAUCUUAUUAUGUUACUUCAAUGAACAGUGUCUGACAUCAUAUACUUUUUUAUUAGCUAAAAAAAUAGUGAAGGACUGACUGAUACAAGUUAAAAGCGGAAGAGUGGAGUAGUAAUAUGGUAAUAUAGUGAAACGUUGAAAUGACAGGAUAAAUUGAUAAUCAUCUCGCCGAAUUUUGAAUAACACCGCCAUCAAAGAAGCUAGUGAUGUGGGGGUCAAAGGCUAGAACAGUUGGCAGCAGUGUGGUCUCGCGGGGCACGGCUCGGUGAGGAUCGGCCGCUCAGUCAAGAAACUCGGUUGCAUCGAAUCAGUACUAGCGAGGUUAAAAUCGUACGAGCCAGGAGCGUGCUGCUCUCCUCCUCCAAUCGGCUCUGCCUGUACGGCAGUGGCUCAGUGCCGACUCCGUGUGUCGGAUUUUUCUUCUGGGUGCCGGAUAAGUGCGAUAAUUGUGUUGCAUCGAAGUGUUCGCAGGUUCUCGCGGUUAAAGGACGAGCAGGCGGAACGAGGACGGAAAGGAAAUUGCCCGUUUUCUUCGACUGUGUAGAGCACGGACGCGCACGGCUCCUGGACUCUAUCCGUAUCGUCGUCCACUGCCAAAAACGGGCAAGGCUGGUGACAGUGAUGAGUGUUUCGUUACUUGUGUCCGUCGUCGACAUAAUUGUGGCCGUUGUUCAGAGCUUACGUGACUGUGACCGUGACUGCUGUGCCGCCACCAGCGUGAUGUGCCUCGCGAGCUCAGCCGCCAAGGAGAUGCUUAGCUGAAUCUCACGGCGCUACGUGUAAGAAGGAGGAGGAACGGAGACAGGCGAAAGCUGACGAAAUCCGUACUGGAGAGAGAAAGACGGUGUGCAAGGGCGAGAGAAGCGGUUCUUUUUGGAGAGAACAAUACGAAAUGUCUUCCGUGAGAACUUUUUCCUUGCAAAACCGCCAACUUCAUGGUGUGUUCGCUUGCAAAACACGAUUGCGUACCUGAUUUGAGAUCAAGGAAGAAAAGCUGCAUGUUUUGGAAAAGAAGCGAUGCAGUGUGCUUUGGAGGACGUGGUGUAUGUAUUCGCCUAAAUGGUGACUCUAAGGGGUCCCAUAGGAAAGCAUGAGGGAAAGAACACCCUCUGCGGACGACAACCCAAAAAGGGCUCCACCAGCACCACUCAGAGAAGCAGCCUCUGCGGACGUGACUGGUAGCAAGACGAGUAGCGAGCCGGUCGAGCCACACCGCCCGGCGAAGUUCUCUCCAGCCACGACGGCGUCGUCGACGUCAGCGUCGUCCCCGUCGCCGAGCGUGGACGUCAGAAUGGUCGCCUCGACGCACAACUUGGAUGAGCUGAGUGCCAGCCACCCGACCAGCGCGAGUAGCGAUCGUCAGCAGCAACAGGAGAAGCACGGACACGCGUACAGAUCUGCGCAGACUGCUCAAGAUAAGAGGAGCAGGCUCAGCAAUGUGAUAAACAACCUGAGGAAGAAGGUUCCUGACUCUAGAAAUGGAGAUUCGCCGAGGAAGGAGGAGGACGAUAGGAACAGUGUAGAAAGGAACCUGGAGACGCUGGAGAAGUACGUGAUGACGGUGCUGAACGGGGUGAUCAAGGACGAAGAGGACGACGACAGAGAAGUAAACAGGAAGAAAGACGAAAAGGGUAAAGACUCGGAAAAAUUAAGUGGGGAACAGGAAGACGAGGAUUCGAAGGGCCCAGCAGCUAAAUUUGAGCCCUCAAAGCCUAACGAGAGCAGGACAGAGGCAGCUGUCUUCUCUUCGAAGCAACCUGAGAAGGAGGCUAAGGAACCCUGCGUAGAGCACCGAAAACUGGAAGUUAGAGAAUUGGAUACCCCUCAGAAAGAAGCGAAAAUUAGUUCCGAAUUAAAAGAAUCGAACGAUGGCUUCAGAGAGGAGAAUGAGGCCGACAAGGAUAAAUGUUCUUCCAGAGAGACGAAGCCUGAAAAUGACGCUAUCCAGGAGACGGCGAAAGUCGAUGUUCAGGAAGAAGAGAAGAAGGAAAAUCGUUCGCUAGGUACGAUAAUCAUGGAGAGGCUCAGCGAGCACCAGGCUGAAGACAAGGCUAUCACCGAGGCUGCCAAGGACGAGGCUCGAGAGUUUGUUCCCGAGAACGUGGAACUCAGGAACGUAUGUAGAGACCUACUGAACGACCUGUUGAACGGUAUCAAUCAGUUGAUCGACGAGAAGAAUCAGGUAAAGGAAGAGACAAGACCACUGGAUAGCUCCUCCGAGGAGAACAAGGAUUCCAAGGGUCAUGAACUCUCCACGACGAGCUUACACUGUAGCCUACCUCUGGAUAAAGUAGCGUCGGUGCUACCGAAUUGUCAGACCACCGAAUUGGUCGCCCCGCAAUCGCCUUCGUCAUCGUCUUCGUCGUCACAAGGUUCAAAGUCCCCGUGCAAACCAACGUCUCCUACGGUGAGGCACCUGUGCCUUUACUGCGACAGGAAGUUCCUGUCGAUAUCUCUCAGGCAGCGACAUACCGAGAGAGUUCACCAGCAAGGAGGCGGCAGAAGGUCAGAACGGAACUCGAGGAGACCGUCACAGAAUUGCCAGUAUUGCUCGGACAAAUGCUCGGAGAGCUUGGAGAGCUUGUUCCAACACAUGGUGGGUAGCCAUGGGGACAAGUAUUACGCUUGCGUGCAGUGCUCCACCAGGUACCUCACCAGAGAGGCUCUGGUGGGGCACAUGAACGAGAAUCAUGCGGAAAGGAACCUUCAGAUUCAGGAGAAGCUAAAGGAACCCUCGCCUUGCAAGGAGGUAGGAAACCAAAGUCCCCGUGAUAGGCCGGAUCCAUUGAGUCCCAAAGAAAGAAGACCGGACGAAUCCGAUCACGAGCACCGUGUUGAAUCUACCCUGCUGAAAUCAGUCUCUAUGAAAGACAGCUUCAGCAACCCAGGGAGUCCAGAAUUUGACAGUUCCUUUUAUAGCAGCGUCAGUUGCAACAUCCGCGAGAAUCUUCUUCAUCACCUGGAUGGCAAGCUUCAGAGCUCCUCGACAACCGUAUCAACAACUUCGUCGAUCAUCGACUGCAAGCUUCAGCUGCAGCAACAACAGACCUACUACGAGCACAGCGCAAACCAGAUCCAGUUCCCCAUCGAUAUUUCUUUAACGGCUGCGACGCCGGUCUACUCGAAGGACUACGCUAACGAGGAGUACGAGAACAACAGCGAGUACGCCCAGAAACCUGGGAAAAGAAACAGGUCACAUCCUCGGAGAGUGUCCUUCGAGAAAUACAAUUUCCCCCGGAAGUACGACGGUAAGGAACAGUGGACCUGUUCCAUCAAGGACCUCAGCAAGUUCGACAUCUCCACACAGUUAUCGCUGAGGAAGAAGCAACAGUUGCUGAAGGAACGAAUCACUUUGAGUAGGUUGCACCAGAUCUCCGUGCUGAGCUCUUCGAAGACCACGGACAUUCCGCAGGAUGAGCAGGAUCUGGACUCCAGAAAUCCUGAGGAGUCCAAAAGCGUCGGCGAGGCUUCUGCCGGGACGAACAGUGAGAGUGUUGCGCAGACGUCCCGGUGCGAGGUUGCAAAAUCGUCGGAAUGCAAGUUCGAUGUGCCUGAGGUGCUGUCGCCUCGGGCUACAGAGUUCAGCAGCGAAUUUGGCAACUUCUUGAGGUUGAAAAAGUGGGACGAAAGAACGGCGAACGAGGUGGCCAAGAAACAAGAGACUGUGUACGCGGAACUCACCGGAGAAUGGUCCAGACCUAGGGUCUACAUUUGCGGCGCUUGCGCUACGAAACAUGUCACAUUAAGAGAAAUGGAGGAGCAUAAAGUAAUCUCCCAUCCAAACGUGUGGUGUUCUCAUUUUGAAUUCUCCGGUGACCAGAGGGAGCUCUACAAGCACCUGUUCCUGCCAGGAAGAAACGUGCCCACCGCAAAGGCGAAGGCUGCCAUCCUGGCAGAGAAAGUGUGCACCAAGUGUACGAAGAACUGUGCCACCCUAUCAGAAUUACAUAGGCAUAUGUUGGAAUGCGGAGGAGACCAAGCAUGGUUGUUGGGACUUUUUGGCAAUGGAAAGAAGAAGUGCAAGUGGAGACCUUUCGGUAGCCGCAGCAGAAGACGAAGACAACGCGGAAUGAAGAGAAAUAUCCAGAACUCGCAGACACCCAGGGUGAACACCCCUAAAGAGAAGCAACCUACUGGACCCAGAGUCAGACCCAGUGAUCAUGCGAGGGAGAGUAUUCAAAAAAUGCUGGCGAAUUUACCACCUAAAAGAGCCACCAGAAAGGUGUUGCAAGAUAGCUCGAUGAGAACACAAGGCAGACUACGAAACGUGCAAACCAGAAACAGACCACGAAUGGUCGGCGACAAUUCCACCGCGUCACGAAUGUCCCGGAACAAGGCCGUCCUGAGGAACAAGUUGCUGAAGAACGCGAAGUCGAUCCAGCGGAACCGUUGCCGGAUCGACAACGUAUCAGCGGUGAUCGAGAGCGUUGUAAAGAACUUCCAGCCGGACAAGUCGGAGAACGAGGGCACCGCCGACAACGCUGACAAAGAAACCAAAGAGAAAUCGGUCCAGGAUCGUCUACCUGAUGCGGACGAGAAGGGCACCAGGACCAAGGUCAGCAGAGGUCCACGGGUGCUAGGAAAGAAGAGGAACGUCAAAACGAAGGAUGGAGCGACCAAGAGCCUGGACCAGGUGAAGAAGACUGGUGCCCUGAAAGCAAGGGCUAAGGCCCUGAAGAACUCUAUGGAAACUGUAGUAGAAAGCUCUGGCGAGCCUACUAAAGCUUCUAAGGGUGUCAAAGCGUCUCCCAAAAAUAUUGAAAAGGAGGUUGAAGUGGCUGUACCAGAAGCUAGUCCAGUGGAUUCUAAGUCCCCUAAUCCGUCGAUGAAGAACAAGUCUUCUGCGCAGACUACACCGAAAAGAAAGCGACCUGUUGAUCCGGUGGCCUCUCUGAAUGCUUCCAUCAAAGCGAAAUCGCAGUUAAGAACGCAGGACGGAAAAUUUGCCAAGAAUCCCAAUAAGGAUCAGUCACCUGUGAAGUCCUCGGAUACCAAGUCUCCUGUUCUUGGGCGGCAGCUGUCGAAGGAGAAGUUAAACGAAACUAAUCCGGAGUCGACUGGUACCAGAUCCAAACUGAGAACGGUAUCUAGGAACAGAAAUAAUGAUCAACCUCCUAAAAGAACCACCAGGUUGUCCUCUGACAGCGACAAGAUGCCCACUUUGGAGCCCGCUACUCAAAUUCCCGCCAAUAACGAUGACUACACAGAAGCGACUAAUGAUCUUCCCAUUUUAUCUCCAGUCACUCCAGCCUCCAGUUCAGAAAAGAUAUCCCGUGGCAAAAACCUGGCUGGCAAGGCGGCUGCCAAGAAGUUGAACGAAACUGAAGAAACGGAGGGUAAAGGGGAGGCUAUUGGUGUUGUCCCAGAAGAAAAUAAAGAGCAGAAACCAACAAAGGGCAGGAGAGCGAAAAGCAGUUUGGAAAAGAAUAUUGCUAAGGCUGAAGCUUCAAAAGAUGGAGUCAAGGGAGUAGUUAAGGAAAAAUUGAAGAGAAGAAGCGCUCCUGCUAAAAUGUUGACCGUCGAUGAGAAGAAAACAGCGGCAAAGGUUGAAGAGACAAGUACUAAAAAGGAAGUGAAGCAAAAGAAAGAGGAAGGAACAAUAAAACCACUGGACACCAGAAGCAACUCCAAGACAAAAACGGAAAAAGCUGAUGUUGAGGAUACAAUGAAGAUAGCAAACGUUCCUUUCGAGGUGAAGAAACUGAUAGGAGAUAACAAAGAGGAUUUGCUGAAUAAGUUGGUCCUUCCCUCCCUGACAACCACACCUAAACGAUGUUUGAGGCAGUCUAUGCCGAAGAUGAAGACUGGACCGGGCAAGGGCAAGAUGCGUAGGGAUGCCCAGCAAGAAUUGGAGAAGAAAGCGGAUUCAGGGUCGAUGUCGGAUGCUUCCACGAAGAAAGAGAAGCUUGAGGUUCGGAGGAAGUCUUUGAGGAGUAUUGAGAGGAAGUCAGAGAGCAAGACUGUAAAGUAUGACAAAGAAGAGGCGAACAAAAUCUGCGAAGCUGUGAACGAGGUUAAAGCAGCCGUUAGGAGCAGGAGGAGCAGUAGUUUGUCCAACGAUAGUAAAUCGACAAUGAACACCGCGCCUUCAGAUAAUCAAAUUAAGGAUGCUGAAGUAACCGCCCAGAGUAUCGACAAGAGGCAGACUAGGGGUUCACUGGUGAACUUCAGCGAGGAGCAAAAUGAACCCAGUGAGGUGCCCCAGAAGAAAACUUACACAGGGAAAAGGAGAGGUCGUGUUAAAUCCAACAUUGAUGCAUCUGAGAAAAAGACUGAAGCACCUCUGAAGAACGAGGAAGCUGGUAAGAGUUCAAAUGAAUCUACCUGUCCUAAUCAAAAUGAAGUAAACUCUAAUAACAAAGAUGAUGCACAAUCUGAAGAGAAUGUUGCCAAGCAGAAGGAUGUGGAGGCUAAAGAGGAGUCACAGAAAUGUGAUGUUUCAGAAACUAAGAGGACAGGCAAGCUGAAUCUCAAUGUGAACCAUCUACAGGAAACCAGUAAUUCUGUUGACAGUGGAAAGGAGAACUCGUUGGAGACAUCAGCACCUGUUCAGAAGACGAAGGUUGGAAGACCUAGGAAGUCCUGGGGAGCCAAACGUGAGAGGAUCUCGAAGAGGUCUUUGAAUAAUGUGAUUGGUAUUCUCACAGAGGGCGUGAACAUUCCUGCAGAGACACAACAAACUAUGGCUCCCCAGCCAAUAGACACUGUAAGCCCUGAAGAAACCUCAAAUAACAACGUCCAACCCGGUGAUGAUUCUAAAACAUUAAGCGCAGAUAAAUCUGACAAAAUUGCUGAAGAUUCAGAGUCCAAGAGUAAUGUUCAACAGUCCACUGAUGAUUCUAGCUUAUUAAGUGCAGGUACAUCUGACAAGAUAGAUGAAGAUUCACAGAAACAAACCACUGAAGAAGUAGAUAUUCUUGUUAAGAGUUCUGAACCAGAAUCACCUCCUGAAACUUCACAGACAUCUGAGAAGGAGUCUGUACAGAGCACUUCUGUGGAGAAUCAGAAAGAAGUUUCUGCUAAAGACACUAGGGGACAGUUACCAACUGACGACAUAAUCUUGGAUUUAUCCAGGAGGAAACAAAAAGGUAAAGGUUCAUUUUUGGAGAAGAUUGUUUCGAAGAUAGCCAAACAGAAAGAUGCUCUACUGGAAGGUGAGGUGGGUUCUCUAUUAGACACAGCUGCCGACGAGUUGACGAGCAUUCUUGACGAGGUUGGCCCUACAUUAUUGUCAGAGAAUGCCAAGGCUGAAGCAGAGCAAAAGCUGCAAGGAAGAGAAAAGGAAGCUAAGAAAAAAUCUGAUGACAAUUCCAAUUCUAUCAACAUUGAAGGUAUCAAAAAAGAUGCUACUUUGAAACAGACUGAAGAGAAACAGAUUAACGAUGAAAUUGUUUCAGAAAAUAAAAUCAUCGAUACAUGUGCCGAACCGGCACUGUCGAGUGCAGAACCUUCACAACUUUCGUCGGAGACACCUGUUGAAGAUAAAUCUGAAGAAAAGAAAGUUGAAAGUUUGCCAAAUACAAACACUUUAGCUGAUGAUCAAAAGGGUAACGAUGAUGAGGUGACUAAUGUAGAAAGCACCGAACAAGUCCCACCAGAAGAGGCAUGUGAAGCUGAAAUACCGAAGGUUGAGGACUCUAACAAAGACCCUAAAGUUUUGUUAGAGCCUGAAAAUGAAGUGACUGACAAUAAAGAGUCUGAUGCAGACGAAGCUAAAACAACUGAUCAGAAAUCAAACGAAAGUCAAGGUCUUAACGAGAAGAUGCCCAAGAUUCGUAAGAAGGAAGGCUAUCGAAAGACCAAAGGUAAGAAGGCUGCUGUGAAGGGUAACGCUGAUUUGAAUAGUGAGAGCAGAGACAGUGAGAAUGAGGAUAAAACCGAGAUGCAGAGCAAGAGUAAAAUCGUGAAGACCGUGUUUGGUCGAGUUCUGACUGCUGAAAAGACGGACAAAGCAAAGGAGAUAACCGAUUCAGUGUCCAAAGAAGAGAGCGACUCAAAAUCUGAUUUUACAUCCACCAAUGAAACUAUUCAAGAAACCUCUCAGAAAGACGAAGACAAAACCAAGAAACCUUUAGUCACUUCACCUGCACCUGUUGUAAAAAAGAGACCUGGAAGAAAGCCUAAAGAUACUUCCAUCGACAAAACUGUUGUAACAAAUCCAGUGUCUGAAAGUCAAGAAGAACUUCGCUCCAAGCUUCCAAGAUCAAGGAACAGCUCAGGUAAUCGCAAGAAGGGCGAACAAGACUCUUCCAAUUGUUACUUCCUGGCUGUGCCACCGAACAGAAGCAGACAGAGCAAGAAAAUAGCUGAGGAGAGAAUCUGUAGGUCUCUCUACCCAGGGAUUGAACCUAGGGAAACUAACUACGAGUUGCGAAGUCAAAGUAAGUCUGAUUUAAGCAUCAAGGACAGUGACUAUGGAUCAUUCAGUAACGAUGAGGAGUUCGCGAAGAUGAUGUCCUUACAAGAUUCUCUUGAAGAUCAGAAGCUGAUGAAGGAUGAAAAGGAUGCUGUGCACGAAAAGACAUCUCUAGAAGAACCUGUUAAGGAAAUAUGUGAUGUGGAGAAUAAAAAGGUAGCAGAAGAUGAAGUAAAAAGUUCUGAUAAAAAUGUUUCUCACCAGGAGGUUGAACCUAGUCAUCCUGAAUGUGAAGAGAACUUGGAGGUUCAGAAAGAAACAAAUAUCUGUGAUGCAAUUGUUGAAGAAUCUGUCUGCACAGAACCAAGUUCUGUUGCAAACGAAGUACCAAGUGUUCAAAAUAUUUCAGAAGAGAAGAAUCAGGAGGCAUCUGAAGAAACAAAGGUUAAAAGGAAAUCUAAGAAGCGAUCGCUAGAAGGAAGUUCGCCGAAGAAGAAUAAAAGGAAGUCCGUGGAGCCUGUGGACAAUACCGAGGAGGAUUUGAUUCCUGAAGACCUGGAUUUGACGGACAUCAUGGAGCUGAUCGAUAAAUCAAAGCAAGUGCCUUCUACCAAAGAAAAUUUUUAUGACGAUUUGUCUGUGGAAGAACGAAUUCAGUGCGGUAAAAGGAAGACUAUCAGCGAAGAUUCGGAGUUGAAAGAUUCAGGCAGUAAAAUGACUCUCAGCGCUCAAGUAGCUGAAGAGUCUAUUGAAACCGUAAAAAAGCGUAAAGUGGACCCAGAAGAGAACAUUGAGGGCAAAACGACAGAUAAAAAGGGCGAUGUUGGUAUUGAAAUGAACAGCGCUGAAGAUUCUGUUGAAACAACUGUUAAAGAUAGGGUAAACGACGAAGAUAAAUGUCCUUCGCCGUUAAAAAUUGUUGGAAAAAGGAAAUCGCUUGUUGAAACCGUGGACCUUUGUGAAAAAUCUGUGUCGCCAGUUAGGAGGACCUCGAAGAGGAGGUCAAUUCACGAAGAAAAGGUAAAUCAGCCUUCGAAAGAAGACACGCAGAAAUCGGAGUUUGUUGAAGCAACAGAUUCUGUUGAGGCGUCCGAGAUAACAAGGAGAAGGUCUUCCAGAACAAAAUCUGUGAGUCAGUUGAGAAACGAAGAAGCAAUCGAAGGUGAUUUUAUUAUUAAUGUUGAUGUUGAAAGUUCAGUAGAGAAGUGUCAGCCUUUAACAAAUGAAACCUUGAAUAUUACAGAAGAAUCAAAAGUAUUUGCAGAAGGGCCUACUUUGGAGAGCACUGAAAAUCAAAAGCAAAGUGAACAAGACUCCAACCAGAAUCUUCCAAACACUAACUUGACGGAGGCAGAAAAUCCUGUACAACCUCCCAUUAAAAUAGCCAAAAAGCGAGGAAGAAAGAAGAAAAUCCUCACUAAUGUCCCAACUGAUAAUGCAGAGAUUUGUCAGUUGAAAACUAAAACUGUGGAUGCGUCCACCGUAGACCCAAUUCCUAGGAGAUCUUUAAGAACCAAUCGACCCAACGAAGAACCUGAAGAGCAGAAUAAAAAUUCCAACGACUUGACUAAAUCACAUGCUGCAUCUCCCAGCCUGGAACCGUUUAAAGUUCCAGAAGUUACAGAGGUGUUACAGCACACCAAGAAGAGGACGUACAAAAGGAGAUCAACGACCGAGGAACACGUGGAUGUCCUGAGCAAUGCAUCACCUGUGGAAUCUGAAGUGAACAGCAUAAAAUGUCCAGACACAAAGAGCCUUGAAAAGGAAGAACAGCCACUUUGCCAGAAAGACACGUCGGAGAGUCGACAACGAUCUUCCAGAAGCUUCCAUCAGUUAGGUCUGGAGAGAUCAAGCUCUUCAGGAUCCAUUGAUCUAAUUCAGACGAGUAGAACCCGGUCGUCCAAGAGGAAGCAGCUCUCUUCCGAGGACCUGUCGAGUCAGGAGAGCUUCAACCAACGAACGGAGAGCCUGGAUAAUCUGUCAGAAACUUCCUGUACGAGUGAGUCCAGCUACUUCAGGAAGAAACGGUUCUCGAAGAAGAAGGUGUUCCAGGAACCUUCAGAGGAUGUUCAGACAGACACUUCUAUCACGGACUCGGAAUCUAUGGACACGGAAAAGACCACUGACAGGAGGCAGAGUUUAAGGAGAAAGGCAAAGGAGAACAUAUCGUUUGAGGACACUGCAUUCGACCUGGUUGACUAUUUCGACCUUCCGAUGGACAUACAGGACUGUGUAUCACAAGAAGAUGUUGUGGAGAAUACUAUUAGCCAAGAACCAGAACCAGAACUAGAACUGGAGCCAGAGCCAGAUCCAAAGCCAGAGCUAGGACCGGAACCAGAAGUAGAACCUGAACCAGAAGCAGAACCAGAACCAGACUUGUCAGGUGCAGAGGAGCCACUUCACGAAGCUGCUACGGAUAUAGUUUCUGCCCAAGAACCUGAAGAAGCCAACGUAGAUGAAGACAAAGAAGUAGAAGAGCCCAAGAAACCUGGAACUGAGGAAGAGGAGGAGGUGAAAGAUGAGGAGAGAGAUGACAAACUUGAGGAGCUUGCUCAGACACAAGAUGACUUCCAGACACCCAAGAAGAGAGUUGCAGGGAACUUCGUGGUGGUUCACAAGAAAACUGGGGAGAUCCUGAUUGUUGAAAAGCGGAAGAAGCUGACGAAAGAGGCUGCCAGAUUCUUCUGCGACGUAUGUGCGACCAGCUUCACCAGGAAGAGCUCUUUGAAAAAACAUAAUCAAUCUCAAUCGCAUUUGCUACAGGUAGCCAAGUUCCAGAAGGACAAAUUGUCGGUGGACUACAAGGAGAGCUUGGAGGAAACCCGAAGCGUUAGCCAGAACGAAAUUUCCAGCGACGAGAACAGAAGCACUACCGAUGAAGUAAAUGUUUCUGAAAAGUCGAAGAAGGAUUCGAAGGAUACCUUCUUAGAUUCCUUGUACGAUCAAAGUGAUUUGAAAUCCAUUGAAGACGAGUCUAGUUAUACAGGGACGGCGGAGCAGGAGUUCAUGAUGGACUCCCAGAUCGCUCGACAGCGUAUCCUGGAAGAUGAGCUUCUGGAUGAGGAGAUAUGUAAGAUCACCGAAAAUAUGAGCCACGACGAGUACGUCCUUACCGACCACGUGAGUCCUGUACCCGAGUCCACGUCCACACCCAUCAAAGUAGAGACUAAGACAGAGGAAGUUGGUAAGAAGAGAAAGCAGGAGAAGAAGAAGGGCAAGGUCAAGAAAAAGAAUCUGGGUAACGAACAAAUCACACUGGAUGGUUCUGAAAUAGAAAGUCCCAUCGACUCUUCCAUGAUAAAUUUUCUAGAUACAAGUAUGUCUAUGAAAACUUCAAAGUCUGAGUUGGAUGACAAUGAUAUUGAAGGUGCUUUACUUGCAGAUACUGUGGCUUGCUCUAUUGCUGGAGAAUGUGAUUUCCAAGAAGAUACUGAGGUAUCUAGUCUGCAAGAAACCCAAGACAUGGAGGAUCCAGCAAAAUUGAAGAAAGAGCAGGAGAUAGAAAAACAGAAGAUAAAUUAUGAAUUGAACCUUGAUAUAGAAGGUGACAACUUCAAUGAUGCCACAACUACUUCAAACUAUAAAGAAAGUCAUCCCGAACGCUUGAGUCUGAAGCUCACCAUAAAUAAACGUAGCAUAGAAAAUUCUAAGGAACAGGAUGCUCGGUUGGAUGAUCUGGUUAUGAUGGCUAAGGAAGAGGAGGACAAGUCUAAAAAUCUCUUGGAGUCUUUUAAUAAUCCAAUGAAGGAGAUCAAUCGUCUAGAAUCUGAAAUUGAUCAGCUGGAGAUGUACCUUGGAUCAUCUAAGAAAGUGGAGAGUAGAAGAAACACUGAAAGUGAAGAAUACGAUGCUUUUAAAAUACGAAGUAUUGAAGAAGACUUAGCCGAUCAGAAUCCUGCAGCUGAUAAUAAAUUUGAAAAUGAAAAGCAAAGUGGAUCCGUGAAAGAAACACGACAUGGCAGGCCGAGAAAAAGUAAAGGGAAGAAGCACCAGGAAGAGAUCAAAGACUCUAUUGAUCCUCUUUCUCGUUCGGAUAAUGCAGUUACUAGAAAAAGAUCUAAAUCUAAAGAUGAUCAAAGUAAGCAGAUAUCAGAAACUAUAAAUAGUCAGAAAUCAACAGACAAUUCUAAGACCCUUGAAUAUAAUGAUGAGAACCCAGAGCUUUUAUUGUAUGACUCACAACUGGAAAGCAAGGAUAUUAAAGAGAACGAUGCAAUAAGUCCUUCAAGAGCAGAAGGACAUGAAUCUAAUGAGCUAGAAAUUACGGAAGACUUGAAAUCUCUGGCAGAAGCUGUGUUAAAACAAUCUACAGAGGAUCAGCAGGCUAUCGAAGAAACUGAUUCUAGAAAUAAAAGCAGCUUCCAUUCCAUAGAUGAUGAAACGUCAUCUUCGUCGAGUCUGACACACAAACCUUUGGUACAGCUUUUACAGAGAACUGAAGACACUAAGGAUCAAGCUAGUGAACAAGAACUUUUCAUGGAUUCAGAUGACGAACUAAGGUCUGAGCAGAAGAUAGAAGAGAAGGACGUUGAAACUAGCCCGGACACAGGCACCUUAAUCGAUGAUCAAAAGAAUACUGAGAAGGAAGUUAUCGACAAUGAACAAAUGGAAGCUCAAAUCACGUCGGAAGAAGAAUGUGAAGCUGAAAUACUGAAGAUGGUAAAUGAAGAUUCCAAUAAAGACAUCAAAGUUUCGUUAGAAGUUGAAACCAACGAGGUACUUGAUAAAGAGUCUGAUACGAACGACGUGAAAACUGCGAAUAAUGACCAGAAAUCAAACGACAGUGAUUGUCAAAGUCCAAAUGAGAAGGUUUCCAAGGCACGUAGGUUCUCCAACAAGGAAGGUCAUCGAAGGUCCAAAGUUAAGAGGGCUCCUAUAAAAAGCAGGAUUGCAGAUUUGACUAGUGAAAGCGAAGACAGCGAAAAUGAAGAUAAAAUGGAGAACAAGAGUAAAAUUGUGAAGAGCGUGUUUGGUAGAGUUUUUGGUGGUGAGAAGACGGACAAGGUGAAAGAAGUGCUAAAUGAUUGGGUAUCCAAGUCUGAAGACGACUCGGACUUGUCAAGGUCUGACUUCAGAUCCUCCAGUCCUAAUGAAGCUAAUGCUGAAGAAACCUUGGAGUCAAGAAACGAUGAUAGGAGCUCCAAGAGACAUUCGAUCUCGUCGUCUUCUAGCAGUAAGAAGAAAUCUGGAAAGAAGUCUAAAGAAGGUUCUUCCUCUGACAGAACUAAAGAGAAGAAUACAGUGUGUGAAAGUUCAGAUAAACACAUGAAAUCAAAGAACGGUUCUAGUAAUGACUAUUAUUUCCUGGUUUUACCGCCAAACAAAAGCAGACACAGUAAGAAGAUUGCUGAAGAGAGAAUCUCCAGAGCUUUCGAUGGCGUUAGGAUGUUUGAAGAGUUCCUAAGUGGUGAUCAGAAGGAAACAAACUAUGGAUUGAGAAGUCAGAAUAAGCCUGAUUUGACCAUCAAGGACAGUGGUUAUGGAUCGUUCAAUUAUGAUGAGGACUCCUCAAAGAUGGUUUGCUUAGAGGAACCUCUGGAAGAAGACCAAAAAAUGAUGAAGAAAAGGAAGUCAUCCUCGUCUAGAACCAGUAAAAGCAAAAGUGAUGGCGAGGACUGGAAGGACUUGGUGAUGGAAAUGACGUCAUUGAAGAACUCUAAAGAACCAACCGAUGAGGAGGACAAUUCUAUCAGGGAUCUUGCUGAACAAGAACCUCUGUCUGCUGGUUUAAAAUCUCGCAGUUGUAGUAGCCUAGCUCCCAGCAGUGUGAGAAAUAGGUCACCAAGCAUGGACAGGAACUCACAGAGUACCAGGGACUCUGAUGAGGAAGAUGAAGACAUAGGUCGUGGAAGAAUAUCUCCACUGUUCGUUCGUGAAACACCUGGAAGCUCUAUAGAAAGUAGUUCUAAUAGCGAGAACGAGGAUGAGGAUGAAAAUGUGGUGACUAAUGAGAUCAUAAUGAGGAAGAGGAGCUCCAGUGAAUUUUCUGGGGAAAAGAUUGUAAUUAGAUCGCCCUCUUCGACUCACAAAGGCGAAGUGGUUACCAUUGCUCCUACUGAUGCCAUUGAAGACAACGCUUUAGAUGUGCCUCAAGAAAUAGAGACCGCAAAGCCUAGGCAGGGCAAGGUUUUGAAUUUUGAUGAAGAACUGUUUGUUGAAUGCUGCUCCAGGUUAAAAGCAACCACUGAGAAUGAGCUGAGAGGGGCUAAAAAGAUUAAGUUAGAUCACAAUGAAGGUUAUCAUAGAAAGGAUGAUCAGCAACAAGGGCUGAGAGGUCCCAGGGAUCGGUGGAGAGAUGUUGAGAGUCAAAACAGUCUAGGAAGCCUGCUAGAAUCCGUGAAUCAGUUAUUGGGUGAAGAGAUGUACAGCACCAAGGAAAGAGAUUACCCUAAGAGAAGUAGUAGAAGUUUAAGAAGCGAACACUCAAGUAGAUCAGCCAGUCCAGACAUGUCCAGAGCUGACAAUCUGGGCUACGAAGACAGUCUGGAUGUUGCAUUUGAACACAACAACAAGCUCAGGGAUAAAAUUCAACAGCGUAUGAGGGAGAGUGAAAACCUGAUUGCCAGCACCUUUGGAAAAAGCAGUAAUGACGUUGAUAGCAAGAAUGAAAAUGAUGAGCAAAAUCUUCUGAGGAAUUCCUACUCUCAUCUACAAGAGCAAGAAUACAUAUCCAACACAAGUUUAUCUACCAGAAAUUACAGUGAUGCUUUGCACGUUAGAAAUUCACAGGAACAACAGAGCACUGCAAAGAUGAAUUUAGACUCUGGAUUUAAAAACAAGAUGAAUUCCUCCUUGGGAGGUCUACUGGAUAAAGCAUUAUCAAACUUACUGCACAGCAAUGGAAAACAUGAUCACAAUGGGUCCACGCCAAUGAAGGUGUUAGCAGAACUAGCAUGUGCUCGAGCACCAACAUCUACAACUGGAGUCCCAGUCUCUCAAGAAGUAGUUCAACCUGCGAAAACCUUGGUGAGCAAGGAACCCGAUCCUGAUCCAUGUCCCAUGACUGCACCCAAGGAUAUUCAGAAGAAGCCUAGAAAUCCCAUCAAAGAAUUGUUCGAAAGGAAAAAGGAGAUGAACGAAAGAAAACAACAAGAGAAAUCAAAGACAGAGGCUGCCCUUCGAGAAUUAAACGUACACCGACAACGCAAGACCAAGAAAGUGAAAAAGCACCAGAACUUCCCUCUGAUUCGUCGUGGUGAACAAGGAGGAGGCUUGGUCGAAAAGAAGAAACGCCGUGACGGUUUCGACAAGAAAGAUGAAUUCUCUUCAAAUAGGAUAAAAGAUAUUUACGACUUCGACGAAGAAGAGAGUCAAAUGGGACCGAAUCUGGGUACCGUAAUGUCUUACAGGAGUAGGCCAGGCUACGAAGUUAGCUGUCUGAGAACUAAGGACGUCGACGUAGCAGGAUUAAUGUCCAAGGCCAUUGGUGAUAGCUUGGAGAAUGGAAAAACUGGCGAUGCGUUGAGUAGCAGAUUGGAAUCCAUGAUCGAUAGAAAGUUUAAAGAACUAGAGAAGUUUGCCCCGAAGACCAAGGGCGCACUGAAGUCCUUCCAAAGUGAGGAUCAACGGCAAAUUACUGGACCAAUGGACGAGUUCGUAGAGAGGAAGCAAAUAAAGUCCAAACGACCUGUAGAGCAACCCCUGAAACAUUCGAAGCUGAAGAAACGCAAUAAGAACCCUAAGAAGAAGAACAGAAACGCCUGGUACGAGAAUGACAGCUCUGACGAGUACAGAACUAGCGCGGUAAAAGCGGACGAUAUCGGUGUAGGGAUCUCGAAGAGCCAGAGAACUUGUUCCAAAGGAAAACAGAACAUCUUCGCGGAACUGUACACUUCAUCAGAAAGCGAGUUCGAGCAUGAAGGAGUAAAUUACGAGUCGAAGAAACAACGAAGAGUGAAGAAGGGUACGAAGAAGACCGUAGAAUCGGAGACUCCUAAACUGAGCCAAGAAGUGGUCAGUAAGUAUUCCUCUGAGAACGAAGAGCAGGUAGACGAGUGGAGAAGUCAGGAUUUGAAGAAUGAUGCUGCCAAGGAGUCCGAUAAUAAAAAGUCUGAGUCAGAAAUGUCUGAUCAUCCUCUAGUAAUUGAUGAGAGAAAGGAAGUGGAUGAUCAGAGGAACAGCGACGAAGAAACUGAGACCCAAUACGAGAGGAACUAUGAAAUGGACGAUCUGUACAGAGAAGACAGUUCCGUAAUUGAUUCAGAUAUUGAAGACUCGGUAGCUACGGAAGCCCAGAGUGUUCCAGAGGAGUCCAGAACCAAGGGUUCAGUUUCAUUACAGGAAAAAGCUAAUGGCAAGACAAACUGCAUGCCAGAGAAUGAACUGAUCCCACUGGAAGAAGCCCUGGACUUGUUGGAUCGGGCUAACAACGAGACGCCUCUGGAAAAAUACAGCAAUGGCAGUAAAAGCGUGAAGUCUUCGGAACAUGUUGAUCCAGUAAUAACAGAUCUUGAUGUCAGUGAGACGUUUAAUCCUGUUGAAGAAACAGCAGUGAAGUCUCCCAGUCCUGUGGAUGAGCAGGAGCAGGAACAGGAAGAGGAACCUGACAAUGACCUUCUGUCUUUGCCAGAGAAGCUGUCCAGCAACGAGAAACCUCAGAAGGAGUCUGAUAAUCUUCCACUCCAUGUAUUCCUCAGCAGAAAGGUGCAGGAGUCGAAGAAAAGAAAGGAGGAGCAGCUGAAGAAAAUGCAGGAAGAACAGGAAAGAAUUCUCAUGGAUUUCCAACCAACCAGAAGGCAGAGAAAGUGUGCCAUCGGUAAACAAGGACUGCUGGCAGAGAUAAGUAGCUCGGAUGAAGAAAUGAGUCCAAGAGAUAGAAAGAGCAGUGAUAAAUUGGAUCACGAUAAACCGCGUAAACAAAAACGGGAGUCAAAGGAGAAGCGAAAAGAGAGGUAUAUCGAGAAAAAACACGAACAGAUGAUAGCCAAAGAGCAGAAGGCUAUCGAAGAAGAAAUCUUGCGCGAACUUGGUAAGAAGAAAGAUUCCCUUGCUCAGAAUACUCAAAACGCAAAUGAUACGCAUGACGCCGAGAACACGGAACUGGUGGACGAUAAAGGUGACCAGGAAGUAUCACAGAAGAAGAAGCAUCAAACGAAAGAGAAGCAGAAGAAAUCAAACAAAGUAGAUGAAGACAUCUAUGCUAAAAAUAAUAUUGAAGGUCCAGAUGACUCUGAGGGUAAUUAUAACGAGUCUGCACCAACAGAGAACAACCAGGAAGAAGAGCGCAAUCAAGAGUUCCCUGUGAAGCAGAAGAAACAUUCGAAGUCUCCAUCUAAACCAAAGAAGACUUCUAAAGGUGACACGAAGGUCGCAACCAGUAAAAAGACGAAGAAUGCAAACUCUGACAAGUCGAAGAAUCGGACAGACUCGAAAGGACCAAAGGACAAGGAACGUAGAACGUCCAAUGGUAAACACGACUCUGAUGAUGAAGAACUGAAAACGACAAAAUCUUGGAAUAAAGUUGAAGAAGGAGUUGGAGUAGCUAUUGGUCGACGAAAACGAGCUGCUGCCAAUCAAUUAUACUACUGGUCCAGUUCAAGCGACGAAGAAGAAAUGCUCGAAGUGGUCCCUGUGGUUGAGGAAGAAGAGGAUGAUCGCCAAGAACAACACGGCUGGAUCGUUGGUGAUUCCCAUAAGAGGAUGAUCACCAUGCUUGCCAUGGAGAAGCAACUAAAAGAGAAACGACGAAGAAGCGAAGACGAGUUUGAGCCCAGCAGAGCAAAAAGCAAGAAACACAGAAACAGUACCUCUUGAUACGUAUUUCAUGACUAGGUUCGUUGAAGUGACUAUAAACAUAUUAAAAAAUUUACUCUUUUUCUUUUUCUUCCUAGGAACAAUAACUUUCAUUGAUUAAGUUCCUUAUAGUGAUUUGGGACACUCUAAGGAAUAUACAGUUCCUUUUUCCAAGUCAAAAGGUGUAGUUGAAUGACACAUAGAGUUAUACCGUAAGGACUACAAUCCUUAAUACAUGUAUUUUAUAAGUGAGUUCAUCGACAAACAGACAAAUGUGACUGGAUUACUGUUGAUAAUAUUUAGAGAAGCAUACGUACUAAGAAGUGGAUAAAGGAGGAACAAAGCGAACUGAAAAGUCCAGUAACAGCAACUUUUGAUACGUAUUUGACGAAUAGGUUUUCUGAGCAUUGUCUUUUUUCUAAAAUCAGGACUGGAUUUCUUAAUGCACACACAAAAUGAUUAUGGACAAACGAUUAGAAGACUUUCAUAACCAAAAGUAGCAUAACUGGAUCUUUUGAUACUAGUCUUAGACUCAUGGAAACGAACGAAGGAAUUAGAUUCAAUAAAGUAGCUAAACGAAUGCUGUUCCUUCGAUGGAUAGUAAUAUAAGUCUGAAUCAGCAGUUUUUUGCUGAUAGGGACAGCGACAAAGGAAUAGUUUAUAUAACCAUUUCAUCUGUUGGAACGGGUGUGAAAUAUGUGUUUAAGGUUGAAGAAAUUAGUGCAAAGAUCAUAUCGUAUAGUGAUCAGAACUAAUUGUUCAAUAUUUUCCUUUGUGUUCUUUUUCGAGAAUUUAGUUCUUCGUCUCUUAUGUUUAAUUAAUUUGGGUUAUUGAUUUGUAGAAACGUUGUUGAAGCGCUCUCAUGAUUUAUUUGUUUAACUAAACGACGAAUGUAACUGCCAGAAUAAAUCCAAAAUUUUUUUUACGUUGUUUAAUUGAACAUUUGAGGUAUGCGUCGAAUUUUGAAGUGACAAAGAACGCCACAUGUUGUGAUCAAAUUGUAUAAGAAGAAAAUGGCAAAAACCAUGUACAUAGCAGCUUAGCAAAAAAAGAAAUGGCUAGCUCGUAUAACGUUAAGGAUAUAAUAAUUCCAAGCCCUUAUAAAUAUUAUAAAUAUAAUCUAUCUUAGACUGAAUGUGAGGAAUAGUGGACAUUACAAGAAACAAAUAUAAAAAAGAGCACCUUUAGACAAUACUAGGACAUUUAAUACGUUUUAGUUAACGUAGUGGAUCUUUAGGUGACUUGAAAAAAAAAGAAAAAAAUGAAAGAUGAAAACAGCUAAUUUAGUUUUUGUGAAAGGACGAUGUAAACUGGGGUCCAAUCGAGUAGCGUGCUUUCGCCGGCUUUUUGUGAUUCGUACAUAUCGCGAUAAUUUAACAAACAAAUUGCCGGUUGUUUUCGUAAUCCGGCAGGUUUUACAGAAAAAUUUUCUGAUUCAAAAUCUACUUUCAAGGCGUUUUAGUCGUGUAACAUGUAAUGAAACCUAUUUUUCGUUCAAUGCGUUCGAAUUUUUCCUAGAUCUCAUGUUGCGGCAUUAAAUGAAUGCCACGUAUUUAAGGAUGAAGCUUGUAAUAAAUAAUAAACGCGAAGGAGCGAUAGAAACUUUCCUUUCUUACGCUUAGUUGAUGCACAUAAUUCUAAGUAGAUUUUCAUUUAUAUAUAUACAUAUAUAUAUAUUAUAAAUAAAUGAGUAUAUAUAUAAAUAUGAACAGAAAUAUAAGAAAAUAAUUGAAUGUAUAACAGGAAACGAUUAAAAAAAUAUAUAUAUGUAAGGAAAUAGACUUUAAUGUAAAUGUACUGCCAUAAUCAUAUUAUUAUAUAUGAGAGCCUAUGCGAAUAGUUAUAUUAAUAUUAUUCCUGUAAAAACGAACAACCAGAAUGACAGCGAUAACAAGAUAGUUAGCACAAAACUAGGCAACAAUCCAAUGUAAAUAGAGCAUAUUUUCAAUGUGUCUGGAAAAGUAUGUUUUGUAAUAUAAGGAUUACAAAGGAAAAUAAAAUUAUUAAAGAAUCA